AUGUGCCUAAAAAGCUGUUUAAUUGAUGUUUGGCAAAAUUUGAAUGCUAAAAUUGCUAGCACAUCGGCUACAGGUCAACCAAAGAGGCAUCUGUUGACUACUGGUUGGAGUGUAUUUGUCAGCACAAAAAGACUAUUUGCUGGAGAUUCUGUUCUUUUUAUCAGAGAUGAAAAACAGCAACUUCUUUUAGGCAUAAGGCGUGCUAAUAGACAGCAACCAGCACUUUCUUCAUCAGUAAUAUCCAGUGACAGCAUGCACAUUGGCAUUCUUGCUGCAGCAGCUCAUGCUGCUGCAAAUAACAGCCCAUUUACUAUAUUUUACAAUCCAAGGGCCAGCCCCUCAGAAUUCGUUAUUCCAUUGGCCAAGUUUAACAAAGCCAUGUACACUCAAGUUUCUCUAGGGAUGAGAUUUAGGAUGAUGUUCGAAACAGAGGAGUCUGGAGUACGCAGACAUAUGGGUACAAUCACUGGGAUUAGUGACUUGGAUUCUGCCCGAUGGAAAAGUUCACAGUGGCGCAAUCUUCAGGUUGGAUGGGAUGAAUCAACAGCUGGUUAGCGCCCGAGCAGAGUUUCAAUUUGGGAAAUUGAACCAGUAGUGACUCCUUUCUAUAUUUGUCCACCUCCAUUUUUUAGGCCUAAGUUUCCCAGACAACCAGGAAUGCCAG